UACUAUUUUUUUCUUCUUCAGUUUUUAUUCAUUCAGCCUUUUCCAACAGAACCUGGGAUGAAUUAACCUACGUUUUUCUUGUUGGGGUUUUUAUUUUAAGGGGCUCCUUGAGAGCCAAAUGAAACGAAAAGUAAUAAUUAAUUAAGUAAUAUUUACUUAAUUUAAUAGAGUAUUUAAAACAAAACUAAACAUGGGAUAAGCAUAUUAUACAUUCCAUCUACAUACUUAAUUUGCUUUACGGUAAAAAAACAAAAAAAUAACACGACUUUGACUAACUAUGUCGUCAUUUCCGGUACCAUGGCCACCAAAACAGUGAUAGGAAUUUGUCAAGUCGGUCCAAAAUUGGGUUUUAUGGAUCCACUGUAUCUUUGAGGCCCCAUCUCGGCUUUUCGGAUCUUUAAGAUGCAACUAUGGUGCCGUACUUCUCACCAACUUGAGCUUUUGCUUUGAAAUAUGGCAUUUGAAUCCAUGUUUGUCAGCAGUUGGUAGUUAGCUGUAAAGUUUGGCAUUUAGAAAAUCACUAUGCAAAGAUAAGUUUAGCAAAAAAAAAAAAAAAAGAAAGAAAAAAAAACGUUUCUGCAAAGGGCAACUAAUGGAACGAACACUACUUAUUAUAAACCUGAUAGUAUUUAGCUCCGAUUAUUACUGAUAUUACUCAUGGCUUGUAGUUCUGGCUCCAGUGCAAACAUGUCCAGUAUAAAUGUCAGCACACCGUCGAUGGCGGUGACAGCAGACACCGUGGAUCAGAAGACGUGUCCGCUGGUUUUUGAGAUUUACGGAAAGAUCUGGAACGUGCAGGCUCGUUUGGGCCAGGGCGUCUCGGCCUCGGUGUACCGGGUGAACUCCGGCCAGGCGAGCUCUGCAGUCAAGGAGUUCCAGCUGGACGCACAGUGCGGAGAUUACGGGUACCUCAAGGAAAGCUCUGUGCUGGAGAAGAUUCAGGGGCAUAAAAAUAUCGUGACACUGUUUGGAAUGUUCACCAAUCACAACCCAUUUGGUGUGGCCACUCAUUGCCUGUUGUUGGAGCUUUUGGAUGUGAGUGUGUCAGAAUUGCUGGCCAGGGUGAGUAAUCAGGGGCAUUCCAUGUGGUUGAUUCAGCACUGUGCCCGUGAUGUUUUGGAGGCCCUUAACUUCCUGCACAGGGAAGGUUAUGUACAUGCUGACCUCAAACCCCGCAACAUUCUCUGGAGUGCUGAUGACGAGUGCUUUAAGCUCAUUGACUUCGGCCUUAGCUUUAAAGAGGGACACCAGGAUGUGAAGUACAUCCAGACAGAUGGAUACCGGGCACCUGAAGCUGAGUUGCAGAACUCACUGGCCCAGGCAGGUCUGGAGAGCGGCUUUGGCUGCACAACUGCUGUGGACCUGUGGAGUCUGGGAAUCAUUCUUCUAGAGAUGUUCUCAGGAAUCAAACUGAAAGGAACUGUGAAGUCUCAGGGAUGGAAGGAUAACAGUUCUGCAGUAGUAGACCAUAUCUUUUCAAGCAAUGCUGUGGUUUACCCGGCUAUCCCUGUUUUUCAUUUGAGGGAUCUGAUCAAAAGUAUGCUUCACAAUGACCCUAAACUGAGAAGCACAGCUGAGGCAGCAUUAAUCAACCCUUUCUUCAGCAUUCCCUUUGCACCUCAUAUUGAAGAUUUGGUUCUUUUGCCUACACCUGUCUUGAGACUACUAAAUGUAAUAGACGACAGCCACCUGUAUAACGAGGAUGAGUAUGAGGAUAUAAUAGAAGAUAUGAAAGAAGAAUGUCAGAAGUAUGGCACAGUUGUAUCCUUAUUGAUCCCAAAAGAGAAUCCCGGUAAGGGACAGGUGUUUGUGGAGUAUGCAAAUGCUGGAAACUCCAAAGAAGCCCAGAGAUUGCUGACAGGCCGAACGUUUGAUGGCAAGUUCGUGGUCACUACGUUUUAUCCACUGAGUGCCUAUAAGAGAGGUUACUUAUACCAAACUGUGCAGUAAAGCUGCACACACACCUCCAUACAAAACAUGUAAAUCACAAUCAUGUGACUGCUUUUAAAACCUUGAUCUGUGUAUUAUUCUGUUGUACGACCUUUAAUACCUACUUGUGUCACUAAGAUCAACAUUGUUGUGAAUAUAGGCACACAUGCAAUUUAACUUGGGUGGAACAAGGAGAACAGUUUUAGUGCCUGCUUGCUACUUCCCUUUUUUACUAAAUGAUCACACCAUAAUAAGACUAUUAUUUUUACCGUGGGAUAGCUGGUUGCCAGACAUUCAAUAAGUAUGCUUCCAUACUUUUUCAUUUUGCUUAUUGUAUAUAUAUAUAUGUAUGUAUGUUUUUUUUGCAGUGGGGUUGUUGCACUGCUUUGGUUUACACUGCCUUUUAAACAACAGAUCACUUCAGAGACAAGGUUUACAUGCUUUCUAAAUGUCUACUAUUCCAAAAAUGUGUAUUUUAUGUGGUCUGUUUUCUACCGUCUUUUUUUUUCUCGUUGUUAAUUUUAGUGAAGGUAUGUAGGUAUUUCCAGUAAUUAUGCACAUUAUCUAUAAACUACUGGCAAAAUACACUGGCCUGCAUGCACUGUGGCGUGGUUAACAUUUAUGUUCAACUUGACCGUGAAAGCUGUUUAACCGCAUUGAAACUGAAGAUGGAAAUCUGCAGAGAGAGCACAAAUACGAAAGAGCGGGUAGCCUUGCGCUAUAGAUCAUUCUUAAGUGACUGUUUUUUUUUUUUUAUUCAGGGUUGACUGGAAUGAGACUCCAUGUCCAACACAAAAGCCACAAUCUGUCUCAUCCAAAACCUCUCUGGAUAUGUUUAUUGAACGUUAUAACAUUUUGAACUAGAAUUCCAAAGUAUAAUAUUAGUUGAAGUAUAAAUUGUGUCUGAAAACUCAUCAAAAACAUUUCAAGUGGACUUCUUUGGGAAAUACUCGAGUAUUAAAAUGUGUGGUAUGUUGUGCAAAGCAACGUAACUCGUACCUUCAUGGCACACAUACUGUAUGUGAAGAUUCAGGAGCAAAUAAUCUACUCCGUAUCUUCAUUAGCACAUUGAUAAAUAAUGCUGUUGUAAAACUCAUAUUACUAUCAAAGAUACAGUAACACAAAUGUGUUUUAGAAAAGCUAAAAUGCCUUCUAAAGACAAGUUCAAGUCAAUUGUAUCUGCUGUUUGAAUGGAUUUUGCUAUCUGUACAAUAAUGAUGAGUGAUUUUAAAAUCGUAACAUUAUUUAAAAGCUUUUCCAGUUGUGAUAGGUAUAGUGUUCCUGGUAUCAUUGAUACAGAGCUUUCUGACACAAGCAUUUCUUCGUAAGUGUAAGAAGUUACUUCAUGAAUAUUGCCUGAUGGUUUUUUCAGUCACCCAGGUUGAUUGUUUUUCUUUCUAUCGUCCAACAAAUGCCAUAAAGUCAGUUUUCUCUGUCCUGCAGUCUAGAAAUAUGACAUUGACUUCCAGGGCAGUGAGCUCCAAUAUGAUAAGUGUGCAAUGCUGGUUUUCUAGAUUUAGAUUUUAAAAGAAGGUUUCGACUUUUUUGUGGAUUAGAUGGCAUUAUGGCCAAUAGUUAUUAUUUUUAUUCACAUUCUUUUUGUUGGGAGUGUUUAGGAGUGUUAUUGUAGGAAAAGGGCACUUUGGUUAUGUAUGUUGUUCAGAGUGUGAUUCAUUCCAGAUCUGGGCUAUUAACUAAAGAAAUUGUGAUUGAUCUAGAUUUUAUACACUCAUAUCUCUCUCUUUUUCACACUUGCAUGUUAAUGGUGAUGACAUUCGAAAGACAUUUUGGGAAUGGUGAGCAAGAGAUCUUUUAGUAUCCUGCCCAUAUGAAUCUGGACUGCUGCCAUUGGUAAAUGUGACUCUUGGAAAGAAAGAUUCAGUUGCUAAAACAUUUGCACUUGUCUGUCUUUAAAUGCACUAGGCGUUGGGUUUCGCUACUAAUUGUGGUGUGAGAUGUUUGGAUAAACGUCCUUAGUACAAAGAGAGAACCUGUAUGAGUUCAAAUGAAUGAAUGAAGUAUCCUAGGCUGUCUUGUUUUAUUUCUCUUCCUGUUUGAGCCAGAGAAAACAUGCAGUGAACAAAUAAUCGGAUUUUAGAAUAUAUAUAUAUUUAUAUAAACAAGAACUUCUCAUAUUAAUUACAAAAUGUAUUAUGAUGAAACCGUUUUUUUGUUCUUUUUGUUAUUAUUAUUAUGCAAAUACUGUGUAGGUCUAGUGUUAAUCGAGGGAAAUUUCUUACAUGCAACAGAACAUUAAAGAGAAAGGGAUUUUCUGUCGUUUUAACAAAUGGGAAGAUUCCAGUUUGACAGUCUAGCGUGAUGUUGAAGUGAAGCCUUCUUAAAUGGAUGAUGAAAAGAUUCAAAUUCAUAGAAGUAAAUAUUAGUGGAUUUGACAUAAAUGUGACAACAGCAAUAGUCAUUUUAAGUGCAUAUUGUUCCUGUGAGCCAUCAUUACUUUAAUCCAGCCUGUUAUUAAUAUAAAAAUGUUCAAAACUGAUCAAUUACUUUUUGUUCAAGCAAAUAGAGCCCUGAAGCCCCUUCUAACACUUUCAAAAAGCACUUCUGAAAAGAAGAUUUCUUUCCAUAAUUAACUACUGCAUAGAACCUGAGAUGGGUGUCUGUCAGGGAUCAUUUCAUGCUGCCUUAAUUUUUUUGUAUGCUGUAAUAAUAUCACAGUCAGUAAAUGCUAGACCGUGAGAAAAGUGCCAAAAUUGUUUCAAAGCCUUCCUUUUUUUCCCUGCCACCAGCAACCCUGGAGAAAUCCCCAAGACUGCAGGGAAACCAUAUAUAUACCUUUAUCUUGAAUUGCAUUUAAAUGCCUUUAGAUGUGUCCAGAAACAUGAAAAUGUGUUCCAGUUGGAUGCCAGAGAUCAUUUGAACAGUAAAGCACAGUGCUGGAGUUUGGCUGGCCUUUGUGUUUGUGUAGUGAAUAAUGAACCUUCCCAAGAGAAAACAUUGCAGGGUGUAACCACAGAUAGACAUGAGAGCUCCUUGGGCCUUAAUAACUCGAGAAAGGUCGGAGAACUAAAUGGCAGCUUGAACGAUGGGAGAAAGAUUUUGAGUUUGUGACUAAUAGAACAGACAUAUUAAAGUUCUAAUAGGGAAUAGAGAAAAUGUACGUGAACGUCCUUGUCUUCUACCAUGUUAUUUAUGAUCACAAUUUCUUUUGUAACCCUCUUUAAAAAUUUAUUGGCUGCUAUAUUGCUUUCAAUAUUGCAAGAAAGUAAAGUCAUAUCACAUACAUCUUCUGUCAUGCAUAUGACCUUUGAAUGAAAAGGGCAAGAGCUCACCUGACAGUACAGUCAUUUAAUGGGGAAGUGUGAACGUUUAAGGCAAGUAAGGUGACAAGGUGACAUGAAUCGUGUAGAAUCAGAUAAUAAAAUAUAAGGGUAUAGGUCACAGACUAAAUAUGUGGCUUUGCUAAGGUGAAAAACAAUCAAGAAAGUCUUGUAUAAUAGGAAUCAGCGUUUUUUUCUGGCAAUGCAUUAAAGGAUCAGAUGUUUAGAUGUUUCUUCAAAUCACUUGUUAAUUGGAAAGCUGAGUAAACGCAACAGAAGCAAGUUUAUGCGUGAUCUGUUGUUUGCAGUGAAGUCAUGGUAACAUGCUGACGUCACAAUGCAUAUAGUAAUAUGAUCAAAAGGUUUGUAGAAAUAGUGUUUACAGUACAUUUGUGGUACAUAAGUGCAUUACAGUGGUUGAAGUGCAGGGUUUAUAGGAUCAAAGCAGUUUGGAUAAUAAUGAAAAUUCUGAUGAAAUGUUUUGUAUGUAGGUUCUAUUUAUGAUUCUUCCCUUUAAAAUAUGUUUGUGUGUUUUCAUCUUUGCCAAUGAUUUUUUUGUUACUGAAACUACGGAUUUUCAGCAGUGAGAAUUCCAUUCAAAGCAUUAAAGAAGUCUUACAGGCUGAUAUUUAAAUAUGUAUUUUGCAAAUCUGUUAGUGUAGAUGUUUAAAGUCUAAACCUCACUAUGACUUUGGUAACAGGAGAUUAAAAGGAGUACAUUUAAUAGUUAAGGUCAAUAAAUAAUAAUUGAAUUAUACAUUGGAGGUGUGGUGCUGGUGGCUUGCAUUACCAUUAUGUUGCUCCAUAUUCAGAUUAUCCUGUGUUCUUGUUAAACGUUCCUAGUUUCUGUUUCAUUAUCCCUGUGGCUGAGAUGUGAUUGGGCGAAAGAUCAUUCUUUGUGAAGCUCUGCCUUAAAGUCCACAUUAUAUGUGGCAGGGAAAACAACCCUAAACUUGAAUUUGAACAUGCUACAAAAUAUAUAAAAUGAUCUAAUAUUCAAUGUGAGGAUGAGUGUUUUCCGUAUUAGAGUAAAAAGAUGCUGGUAGAUGCCAUUUGUAAAACGACUGUGACAUUAAGAGCUCUGAAUGGAGUGAAUAAUAUUCAUGCUUUUCACAAUAAAAUGUUCAUGUCUGUA